CAAAAACAUGAUAAAAGCGAUACAUAAUAACUGCGUAUUUGAAUACAACAUGGGUUUUCAAUGUUUUCUUUAUGACCGCCACCGCUUUGUUUACCAAGCCUCCCAAAUGCAAUUGUAGACGCAUACUCGUGUCCCCUUUGCCAUUACCCAUAAAAAAUUGCCAUUUCGAGCCGUUAUUCAUAUAAUUGUGCAUAUUAUUUUCAUUCAUUUUAUUAUCUUGCAUUUCUAUCAUUUUAGCCGUUGUUUUCCUCAUUUGAUUAAAUCAUGAAAAUAACAACUGUGCUUCUUGGUUUUCUCACCUGCAUUAGGUUAAGUUUUGCAUUCUCUUUAGACGUAACCGAUGAGAACUCUAUUUUAGAUGGGCUUAAUAUCGUUAAAUCUGGUUUAAUGAAUUACUAUGAUUCAUCAACAACCGUAUUUCUCACAGUGUACUGGUGGAUGACGGGUGCAGGAAUGAAUGCAUUGCUGAACAACUAUUAUCUUACGGGAAACUCAACGUACAAUGAUCUUGUGACGAAGGUCUUAUUGAGUAAUACUGGAGAUGAAAACGAUUUUGCUCCUUCCAGUCAAACCUUAGAUCUUGGUAACGAUGAUCAAGCUUUUUGGGCUCUUACUGCGAUGUCUGCUGCAGAGCUAAACUUCACCGAGAGUUCAUCUCAAUCUUCAUCAUGGUUAGAGAUGGCCCAAGCUGUUUUCAAUGAACAAGUUGCGCGCUGGGACACCACGCUGUGUGAUGGCGGUCUCCGCUGGCAGAUUUACCCGUUUAACAAUGGUUAUACAUACAAGAACUCCAUCACCAAUGGCCUUCUGUUCCAGCUUGCUGCCCGUAUUGCACGAUUCACUGCUAAUGAUACGUGUGCUGAAUUUGCGGAGAAGGUUUGGGAUUGGACAACAACGGUGGGUUUUCUCAAUGAAAGUACUUUCACGGUGUACGAUGGUGCUACCACUGCAGACAACUGCUCUACGCUCACGGAAACGCAAUGGACAUACAAUGUUGGUGUCUUCUUGGGUGGUGCAGCUUAUUUGUACAAUUAUACGAAUGGCAGUACAGUUUGGCAACAACGAUUGGAUGGGCUUAUUACCAAGGCUUCUAACCACUUUUUUUCCGGUGGUGUUAUCUACGAUCCUCAGUGUGAAACUUCGAACAGCUGUAACACAGAUCAACCCUCUUUCAAAGGUUAUCUUGCUCGAUUUAUGAUGUACGCAAUGCAGCUUGCACCAUACACUUAUGACACCAUCAUGCCAUUAAUGAAAACCUCUGCAACAGCUGCUGCUCUCGCCUGCUCAGGCGGCUCAGAUGCUGUUACAUGUGGUACUCGUUGGUACUGGAACAAUGGUACAUGGGAUAGCAACUAUGGUGUUGGUCAGCAGCUGUCCGCGUUGGAAGUUAUUCAAUCACUGUUGGUUGACAAAAUGCAAGUUCCACUUACCCAAAGUACGGGUGGCACAUCUGCUUCCAAUCCGAAUGCAGGCUCUGCUUCUGCCUCUUCGACCGUGGUCAUUUCACCUGCUACGACGAAAGACAAACAUUGGAGUCGUUUCUUCACUGCUUUGCUUGUUUUUCUGCUACUAAGUUGCUCUAUUUGGCUGUUCCUUUAAAUUAUUGAUUCAAAAUUGUUGACAUUAUCUAUGUAAGGCAUUUUUUUCUGAUUGUCUGCUCAUACAUGUGUUAACAGUGUCUGUUACGUUUCCAAAACUCGUUUUUUUCUCUCUCUCUCUUUGUCUAUUUGUCUAUUUCUUUGUGGCAUUCUGUGUUUUUAUCGACCAUUCUUUUAUCACCUGGAGCUACAUACUGUGUUUGCAUAUUCUUUUGGUGUUAAUUUGUUCUGAUUUUGGCGCUGUUUCACGUUUGCCUAUAAAACGCUCAAGGAACAGGUUUUGACAAUUUCGUUCUUAUCAAUUGGCGUGAUUUAUCAAUUAUUUAAAUGAUCUAUGUGAACAUAUUCGGCGCACUACUUUUAAAGCUAUGUUCACUGCUCCUAGCAAUACUGGAAACCACUAGGACGUUGGGUUUUUGGCCAAUAUAUGCACAUUUACGCGUUAAAACUAUGUAUUUACCAAAAACGCUUUCUGAGGUUUAAAACAUGGCCAAUUGAGCCCUACGACUAAUUUAUUGUUAGUUGACUUCUUUAGUACAUGUUUGCGCUGACUGAAUUACUUUGCAAACCUUAAAUGCAAUCUCUGCUCAUAUUCCCCGGUUUGUCCUUGAUCCAUUCGAUGAUCCUCGGCGAUCCCGACCUUUAUUGGACGCUGUCGGCUCUGUGACCGGUAUAUGCAGAUUCAGCAUCCGAUCCCGUGGCCAUUUUGGUGGGUCUUUUCUGGCAUUCCGAGGCAAUGACGUGUUACACUAUGAAUUUCGGGAGAGGUACGGAAAGGUUCACUAGAAUGAACUCACCCACAGCCAAC